GGGACUGAGCACUUGCGUCUGUCGGGGCAGGGCAAAGUCCAUCAUACCGAGCUCAUUCUAGGCGAUGCGAUGGCCCCCGCGCCUUCGCACUACCUCCUCCUUCCUUUUUCCCUCAACCGUUGGUCCCUCCUUUCCGAUCCUUCCCUCCGAUCCGGGUCGAUCACUCGAAGCAAAGCUCUGCGGGAGGCGCCCUUUGUGUUGCGGGUAUUCUCGGCAGCCCCGUUGGAAAUGAG